UUGUGUUCAACAGAAGAAAGAAACUCAUACAGGUUUGGAACAACUUGAGGAUACCAGCAAACAUGGCCACCCUGAGCUCGAAGCCAAGCUUGCGUUACAGUGUGUCUGACUGGGCAACUGACAAUAAACAGAUCUCGGAUGCUGCUGAGCACAAGCGCAAUAUUUCACAUGAGAUACGGCAGGCAGGAAGAGCUCUGCGUAAUGAGACGGCCAAUAAGACAAACUGGGAUGAGUAUGACAGUAGCCGGCGACUGAGUGACAGAAUCAAUGACAUCACACGCUGGAAAGAGAAUCUGAAAGCCUGUGCACAGGAAGUGGAUGCAGAAAUGGAUGCACUAACUCUGUCCAAGGAGGAGACAGAACGAGCCCUUGCUGCCACUGUUCUGCCCCUUGAAGUCACUACGGAGUGCUUGACCCUGAGGGAAGGCCGUCGUGGCAAGGAGCUGGUCAGUGACCCUGUAGAAGCUGAACUUAAGAAGGAAGUAGAGGUGAUUGAUGGAGCACAACGCAGCCUUCAGCAGUGCAUCGAUCAGGCCUUUGAACAGCUGUGUCGUCUACAGGAAGCACGGCAACAGCUGACCAUUGACCUUCAGGAUAAAAUCGAGGCCCUUGAUGUGGACAUGUCAUGCUUGUCUCUCACUAUACGGUCACCUGAGAUCUCCCUGAAGCCCAACCCCACAAGAGUGCCCCCUGGUUCCACAACUCCCCAGCAGUGGGAGCAGUUCAGCCGAUACAAUAUUACCCGAGCCAAAGAAGAGAUGCAGGCCUCUGUGCAGAUAAGAGAGAAUAACAGCAUCACAAGAGCACAGGUGCAGAAUGAGCUGGAAGCCCAACGAAUGGCUGUGGAGUUUGCGCUCCGUAAGCGAACUCACCACCAAGAACAAGCCCAUCAUGAAAUGCACUGGCAGCUGAAAACUACUCAGGAUGAGAUUGCUGAGCUGGAGAAGGAUAUUGGUGGCCUGGAGGAGGACCUGCAUGCCAAGAUGGCUCCUCUAAAGCUGGUCCACACCCGUCUAGAGAACAGGAUAAAGAGGCCCGGCAUGGACCUGUGCAGAGAUGAGGUACAGUUUGGUUUGGUGGAUGAAGCCAAACAACUGGAAGCCACCAUUUUAGCACUGAAACAGAAGCUGGCACAGGCUCAGCACUCUCUGCAGUCUCUGAAGCAGCAUGAAGCUCAAAUGAUAGAGGAUCUGUCCCGUAAGCAGGAUGCCCUGUCGUUGGAGCAGCGCAGCAGCCAGACCCGCCUGCGUCUUACUCUUGGGGUCCAGACUGAGGGUCUGCGUUCAGCUGUGGUGCCUCUCACCAACUCUAGUGGCAGACACAAGCUGGACCUCGCUUGAGUCGAUGUCCUGAUUCUUACCUCAUACUUAAGGUGCAGUCACAUUUACUGUUGCUCAGCGAAAUUUCACAGGCCAAAUCCAGUUAUUUUAAUAGGAAUUUGUGUGUUUUUCAUGGAAAAGAUUUUUCUCAUUUUGGUCAUGCAAAUUCACUGUGUUUGUGAACAGAAAGCUGUUUAGUUUGAAAGUGAUGUCUGUGUGAGCUGUGCUUUAUACAUCUCUAUGCUAUUGACAAUGGGAACUGCAAAACUUUGCUGAAAUUUUGCAAAUCUGACUGCAAAUUUAAUCUUAAGCUUCGUUCAGACUUCAGCCCAAAACCAAUGUUUGUGCAUAUCCGAAUAGAAUCUGAUUGUAUUUAGCAAGUGUGAACGGCCAAAAAUGCGCUUUUUAAGAAUCUGUUUUGAGCUACAUUCAUAUGUGGUUUGAAAUAAGCGUUGAACAACUUCAGAUUUUUUAAAGUCAACAUUUAUGUGAUGAAAGUCGAGUCAACGUCGACUAGUUGCUGAUGACAUCAUCAAUGAACAAAUAAGCCUGAGACUCGAACGCGGGUCAACUUGUGCACAGCUAUGGCAUAUGACAGCGCUGCCCACAAGGCUAUUGCUCCUUCAUAACAGCUUAUUUUUAUCAGUGCUUUUGUCUUUGGGUUGUUAUAUAUCUCACAGAUUUCUGCUUGUUCUAAAUCAGAUACAGAUAAAGUAGUACUGUAAAGAUUACAUUUAUAUGAAUGCAUUAGUAAGAGAGCGAUUGCAGAUGUGAAUUAAAGGAUUAGUCC